UUUACUGAUAAGAACUGUGCAACAUUCGUGCCGUGUGUCUUCAAUCGAAUAGAAAGCCAUCGGAUUAUCGCGUCCGCACUUUAUGCUUAGUUGCUGGUUUUCCAGAUGUUCUCGGUGCCACUAACUGAACAGUGUAUUCCGCUUGUUGCCUAUAUGCGGAUGGUCCUGUUAUAAUUCUACGCCUACCGUGUUCGAAUAGACAAGCCACGCUCGCGAUUAUUCAGAACCAAGGAUGGAAAAAAAUCUUCUCUAGCGACAAACAACACGGUAUUUGAACGAUCUAAGAGGGCCGUCGCUCUUGCAGCAGCAUGAUUUGAACGCCUCACAACGCGCGCAUUGUACCGACAUAUGGAGCAUCCGAUGCAAUGUUUGUCGCGGGACAAAGAGUUUAUCGGAUGUUGUUACAAGUAGCGAUCAACUUGAAUCAUGGCGAACUCGCGCUAUUAUUUUUCGUUAAAACCAUGACCGAAUUAUUUUAGAAACACAAACAUUAUAUCCGAAGGGAAAUCAACAGUUAAAAAUUGAACAAUCCCCAGAAUGAUAAAACUAUAGCUCGCGAACACUUAAUCGCUAGCCCACAUGCAGAACAAUGCAUUAAUCGCGGAGCGUAGUUUGUUGUGAUAUCUUAACGACAAAAGGUUAAUCGUUGUUGCUAUGAUCGCACGAUAAAGAACAACAGCGAUGCAUCGUGGAUUUUGUCAUGAUCACUAGAUUUCCAUCCUUGUUCAGAACUUCUUUCGGCGGAAGUCACAGGUGUAGUGUAUAGAGUGACGUUGAUAAGUACCUACUUAGUCCCAUUUCAGAAAAACGAAUUUAAUUUGAAGAGAAGGCAGGGACCCGUACUACAGGAAGCCAACAAUAGGAAGCAAGUGAUCAACAAGAAAACGCAGUCGUCAUACGCUGCAGAACAUGAACGAGACCAGAAGAGGCGCAGACGGUCACGCCAAACAAAAUGUUUUCGGCACCAAGUCUAAAUCGAUAGAUGAUUACUACAAAAAGUCCAGUGUAUCGACGCGUAAACUACCACCACUGCCUAUGUCAGCGGAGAAAUCAACUGUACCAAACGGUAUUUCAUUGGAAGACGCAAAGGAUUCGAACGAAACGCAUAAACAGGAUGAGGCUGCGCAUAUCAUGGAUUUUACGGCAAGCAUUGAUAAAGUGAAAGAUUGCGGCUGGUAUCGGGGUCCCAUAUCCCCAGAAGGAGCCGAAACGAUCCUGUCGAAUGAACCCGACGGAAGUUUCCUAGUUCGGGAUAGUUCCGAUGAUCACUACAUAUUUUCCCUCACGUUCAAGCUGAACGGAUCCAUUCGACACGUCAGAAUAGAUCAAGAUCAAGGUACAUUUUCGUUCGGAUCGUGUGCCAUGUUCAAAUCUCGAACUAUAAUGGAAUUCAUCGAAAACGCUGUGGAGCAUUCUAGGAGUGGUAGAUAUUUGUUUUUUCUACACAGACGACCAGAAUAUGGUCCUUUACGCGUGCAAUUGACAAAACCGGUGUCCAGAUUCAAACACGUACAAAGCUUGCAACAUCUUUGCAGGUUCGUCAUCCAUAAAACAAUAAUAAGGAAAGAUCUAAUUCAGACACUACCAUUACCACGGAGAUUGCUAGACUAUCUUAAUUAUAAGAAUUGCCUUUCGGAACGAGUUGAGGUGGACAUGACUUCUCAUUUCGGACAAUGCGUAGAUGAUUUUUAAACUGUAUAUUAUUAUUACAAUUAUUAUUAUUACCUUAUCACUAUUAUUUAUAUGAAAAGUAAAUGUGAAUACUAGCAAUCCUAUGAAGCGUAAUCAUGUGUUUGUAAAGUUUAGUCAAAACUGAUCGAAAGAAUUGUGAUUUUUUAAUGGACGAAUAAGGAAAGUAUAAUAAAAUUAUACUUUACACGAAUA